GGGCGUUUAGUGCUGGUUGGUGACGAAAGGGUUAGCGUGCAAGGUCUGUCAAGUUUCGCUACCAUCAGAGGGACUGCCUGUGUAUAUUCAGGUAGAUGGAUGUAUGAAGCUCAACUUGGCACUAAAGGAAUUAUGCAGAUCGGUUGGUGUACCGCUGGUUGCACAUUUUCAAUGGACACCGGUGUUGGUGAUACGGUCAAUUCCUACGCGUAUGACGGUGGCAGGGUGCGACGAUGGAAUGUGGCUACUUCACCAUACGGGCAGUCAUGGCUGCCCGGUGACGUCAUCGGAUCCUGUCUCGAUCUAGAUAAGGGAACUUUAGAGUUUUAUAGGAACGGCGUGACUAUGGGCGUUGCAUUUGACAACGUGUCUCACGGCACGGGGGUGGCUUACUUCCCGGCUGUUUCUCUCGCAAUGCAGGAACACCUUUAUGCAAACUUUGGACAUGUGCCUUUUGUGUAA